GGAGUGAUUGUGCUGUUCCCUCCGAUGUAUGGACACGAUUGCUUCCAGGGUAUCUUUGGUAAGCCUCUUGCUGGAUGCGUGCAGUUGGUGUGUGCGCCCGGUGAAGGGAGACACCGGGAUGGGGCUGCCAGGUGAGUUGAGUGCACCUGGGACAGAUGAUUUGUGGUGGUGUGGUGUCCUGUCGCUUCGAUGGGUCGUCGUCAGAUCAGACAGUGACAGAUCGAAGCCAGGAAGGGGACAGAUGCAGAAUAGAUAUAGACAGUAUUAUAGGCAGGGUAGAGGCAGAGGGGGAUGAGGGAGGAGGGCCUGAUAGCAGGCUGACAUACAUCACUAGAAGAGAGGCCACAUCAUGCUCGUCGCAGCAGUACUCUGGUACUCUGGCUAUGGAUG